AUGAAGGAAGGAAAAGCUAUAGCAAGAUGUGACUGUAGACUCAUAAUCCUUUUCUCUUUUUUUUUCCCCUACCUAGUGGAUCUCUUGAACACCAUGUCGGCACAGACUGAACUUGGUUGGCUACCUCAUCCUCCAGAUACAGGGUGGAGCCCUUCUCAACAAAUGCUGAAUGGCACACCUGUGUACAUGUAUGAAGACUGCAAUGUUUUAGACAGUGACCAAGAACAUUGGCUUCGCAGCAAUUGGAUCUAUCGUGGUGAAGCUCAACUAGUCUUCAUCCAGAUAAAAUUCACUGUUCGGGACUGCAAAAGCUUUCAGGAUAAUUUAGCUACUUGCAAGGAGACAUUUAAUCUGUACUACCUGGAGUCUGAGCAAGACUUUGGCAUUCAUUUUCGACCACUUCUUUUUCAGAGGAUAGACACUAUUGCACCAGAUGUAACUUUCACAGACAAGGACAUCAGUGCUGGUGUUGUAAGACUUAAUGUAGAGGUCCGGUCUAUGGGCCCUCUUGCAAUGAAGGGUUUCUACAUGGCAUUUCAGAACUUUGGUGCCUGUGUGGCUUUGGUAUCCAUCAGAGUUUACUACUUGGUCUGCUCUUUGGUAACAAAGAACUUGGCAGUUUUUCCAGAAACAGUGAGCGGGGCAGGUGACCUCAUGGAAAUUCAGGGAGAAUGUGUGGAAAAUGCUGUCCCAAGUGGCACUCCAAGAUUACACUGCAGCUCAAAGGGAGAAUGGCUUGUUCCCGUAGAUCACUGUAUUUGCAAAGUGGGUUAUGAGGAGAGAGGAGGUUCCUGCACAGCCUGCCAGCUGGGAUACUACAAAGACUCUCUAGAAACUGUCAACUGCACGAUGUGCCCUGCCAAUAGCCGAUCUGAAAACGAAGGUUCCACUUUUUGUCCAUGUAAAGAUGGCUUCUACCGAGCACCAUCUGACCAGCAUUCAUUAGCCUGUACUAAACCUCCUUCUAAUCCAUUAAAUGCUACUUAUGCUGUCUCUGGUUCAAAGAUUGUUCUGCGUUGGUUACCACCCAGUGAGUCUGGAGGACGUAAAGAUGUCACCUACUCCAUAGAAUGCCAGCAGUGCCCCCUGGAGUCUGAAACCUGUGAACCAUGUCUAGCUAGUGUGAUAUUCACUCCAAGUACUAAUGGUCUGACAGACACUGUUGUACAAGUGGAGGGACUUGAGCCGUACACAAACUACACAUUCUCCAUUGAAGCCAGAAAUGCAGUUUCAAAUUUCAGUCCAGCAAAGAGUUUUACCACUGUUGGGGUCACCUUUGGACAUGGUGUGUCCCCAAGAGUCCAGGAGGUGAAUUUGGUCAGUCGAAAAGAAAAUAGCAUCUCUAUUAAGUGGGGAACUCCAAAACACAGACUUGGAAGUUUUCAGGGCUAUGAGUUAAUGUACUUUCAAAAGGGAGAAGAGCACAAGUACACCGUGAAACAGCUGAAAGAACCCCUUGUUGUAAUUGGUGAUCUGCUGCCUGGGACAACAUAUCUGGUCCGAGUUCGAGUACUUACCCUUAUGGGGCCUGGUCCUUACAGCUCUGAUUAUGAAUUUGAGACCUUACCAGGAGAUUCAAAGAGUUCAGUAGUUGGAGUCCUUGUACCCUGCCUGCUUGGAACCUUGGUCGUUAUUGCCCUCAUUAUUUUCUUAGUGUAUAUCAGAAGAAGAUCUGUUGCAGAUUCUGAAACAGAGAAGGUUCCUUUGAAACCAUAUGUUGACCUCCAUGCCUAUGAAGAUGCUAAUCAAACACUGCUGCAGUUCACCAAGGAGAUUGAUGUAAAUUGGAUCACAAUGGAUACAGUCAUUGGAGAAGGGGAGUUUGGAGAAGUAUGUCGUGGCUUUCUGAAGUAUCCAGGGAAAGAACGCAUCACUGUGGCUAUCAAAACAUUGAAAUCUACCUAUUCAGACACACAGUGGUGGAAUUUCCUGCGUGAAGCUACGAUCAUGGGACAGUUUAAUCAUCCUAACAUUGUCCACCUUGAGGGACUUGUCACUAAACGGAAGCCAAUGAGGAUCGUGACAGAGUUCAUGGAGAAUGGUGCCCUUGAUGCUUUCCUCCGGGAGAAUGAAGGAAAGUUCACCUCACUUCAACUGGUAGGAAUGUUGCUUGGCAUUGCCUCAGGCAUGAAAUAUCUUGCAGAAAGAAACUAUGUGCACAGAGAUUUGGCAGCACGGAACAUCCUGGUCAAUGGUAGUUUUGAGUGCAAGGUCUCCGACUUUGGUCUAUCUCGUAUCUUACAGGAAGAUGCUGGAGGAACGUAUGAGACACAGGGAGGAAAGAUUCCCAUCCGGUGGACUGCACCUGAAGCAAUUGCAUAUCGCACAUUUACAUCAGCUAGCGAUGUGUGGAGCUAUGGCAUUGUUAUGUGGGAAGUUCUGUCCUGUGGAGAUAAACCUUAUGGAUUAAUGUCCAAUAAAGAGGUAAUGAAGAACAUUGAAGAAGGGUACCGCUUACCACCUCCUGUGGAUUGCCCCACUAUCCUUUAUGAACUUAUGAAAUGUUGUUGGACAUAUGAUCGUAGCAAACGACCAACAUUUGGGGACAUUCUUUCUGAACUUGACAAAGUCAUGUCAAAUCCAUCAAACUUGAAAAAUAUUGCAGACUUUGACCCCAGAGUUACUCUUCGUCUGCAGAGUACAAGCUCUGAAGGCAUCCCUUACCACUGUGUCAGUGAAUGGCUGGAAUCAAUCCGCAUGAAACGCUACAUCGAAAAUUUCCAUGUUGCAGGACUAGACACAAUGGAGUCGCUCCUGGAACUGACAGCAGAGGAUUUGAAGAAGAUGGGGAUUACAAUGCCAGGUCACCAGAAGAGAAUUCUGUGCAGUAUUCAAGGCUUUAAAGAGUGACCAUAUUCUGACCAUUCAGCAAGAAGCUUCACCACUGGAAAACAGAGCUAGCAAGCAAUGCGGCUAGCUAAUAACCUGAGGUUGCACUAUGAGGAACUGUUAUCACCCUAGCUCUAAACAUCGACAUAAACAAUUUUUUUGAAUGUCGUUUUUUGGAUACGAAGCUCUGGGUGCCAGCUCUCUGCAGUCAUACCUGUUUUGCCAUACUUAGAAGGGAACAUGCUGGUCCUUUGCUUAGUCUUUUGAUUGUUACAGGUACUUUCAGUUUUCCAAAUUCUUCACUGGUUGAUUUUUCAUUAUUUUAAGGAAAACAUUAAAGGUCACUACAAGUACGACUACAGAGUGAAAAUGGUAUACUUUUUAUAACUGCCCUAUUACCAAGAUGAAUUUUAACUUUUAAUUUAUUUCCCAUUUUAAAAUGUUUUUACUCAUUUUUGAAAUAAGAGAGAAGAAGGAACCAUACGAUUGUACUUCAUCCUGCCCCAAUGGCCUUAGCCAGACCUUCAGUACGCAUUUGCUGAUGACAUAAUUAACAGCAUAACCAGAGAGCUUGAACGUACAGGAUGAGUGGUACCUGAUACUGUAGCCUACUGGUUGCAGUGAUUAAUAUGGUUUCAGUUCAAACAUGCUUACAUGGCACUUUUUUCACAUGUAGAACAAUGUUUUUUUUUUUUUUAAUAAGAAAAAAAUUAAAGGGCAUUUUGGAUUUAA